CGCAGGAUCCAGAUGCAAUCGUGCCCCAAAUCACCCAGUCGGAGUCUGCUUUCUUUAGGCUUCCUGCCGAACUCCGCGACGCCAUCUAUCGAGCCAUGGCAAGCGAUCAUGUUGUCCAUCUGAAAGCGCCGAAGAAAUCACGUUUCGCUUCCCUUGAUGGCGUCUUAGAGGCCUAUGAGUGUAGAUACGUAGGAGCUGAUGGGAUUGGCGGUGCGGAUGUGAUCAUGUUGCCCCAUUCCGAGGAGUGACCAGCUUUUUGGCAAUGCUGAUCGCUUGUAGGCAGACCUACUUCGAAGCAAUAUCCAUUCUAUAUUCUACCGCCACCUUCUCCCCGGAACUGGACCUGUUGAUGCCAUCACUACCGCGUACUUACAUGCCCAACGUCCUUCCAGAGGUUUUCAACGCCAUCAAAUCUUUGAAAGUUCUCCAUCGCAUCACCGAGGUGCCACCAGACCGCAACUGUACCUCCCACGACUGGACCUCCCGCGACUGGAUCUCCCGCGAUUGGCCUUCCGCAUGGCGGACCAUCGUAUCCAUGAAAGGCCUACAGCAUCUGCAGGUCAAUAUCAUGGUGGAACGUUAUGAGGAUUUUUGGAGAAGACAGGAAGUAAGGGAGGAAUGGUUGAUAAGGGAAGCGAAGAUCAUACGGGUGGCGGAGGCCCAGAUGCUGAAUAUAAAAUUGCAGAGCUUUGAGAUCAGGGCACCGGCUAUAGACAUACGGGAUUCGUAUGGCUUAGAAGCUUCCGGAGCUGAACGUGCGACCGAAAUCAAAAUCGGAGGGGCCGUUUAUCCGAUUUGGAGAGUACCAGAUUGAACAGGCAUGCGUUGGGGGCUUCCAAUCAGAAACGUUUUGUACAAAUGGCAUGAAUUCCGUCCGAGGAAUCGGGGAAGGAGUUUUGGUAUCGGCAUAUGCCGUUACAGAUACUUCUGGCUUGUAGGUAGAUGUGAGUUUGCCGAUAUCGCGCCCGUCGUUUUACUCAUGAUACCCAAACCCAAGGAAUUUUGUGUGG